AUGGUCAACUUCACACCCUGGCGGAAGCCGCAAGCAGUUGAUGAGAGUGGCGUGGUUUCGACUGCCACAUCCACACAAGAGAAGGAUGCCCCUCGACGCAGGUGGAAUCUGGGAAUCCUUAGCGACCCACAGACUGACGAAGUGCCUGGCUCCGUUAUCCUCCUUUCCAAAACGCACAACCGCAACGAACCGUUGGGACUCCAACAUGCCCACGCACGCACAUCGGCUUCGUCUCUACCCACGGCGUACCGUCCCCGGCCUCAGCGGACUGCCUCGCAACCAGGCUCCCGUCAGUCGUCUCGUUCCCGACUGCCGGAGAAGAAGCGUACAAAGGACGGUCGCUUCAUUCUGGAACCUCAGCCCGAAGAAUCGGCAAACGACCCGCUUAACUGGGCACAAGUGCGACGAGAUCUCGCUCUCGUCUCGCUGGGCUUCUACUGCAUGAUCGGAGGAGGAAUGACGCCGUUGUUAGCCGCUGGUUUCAACGACGUUGCUGAGACAUACGACGUGACAAUUCCUCAGGUGGCAUUGACUACAGGCCUGUACAUGCUGGGACUUGGUAUGGGUAGCGUUUUCGCGUCACCUACUGCCAUCCUGUUCGGAAAGCGACCCGUCUAUUUGGGUGCCAUCAUACUAUUUACCAUCUCCUCAAUAUGGUGCGCCGUAUCACCCAACUACGCCUCCCUGGUGGUGGCUCGCAUCGUCCAGGGCUUUGCUGUCUCCCCAGUCGAGUGCCUACCGAGCGCUACCAUUGCCGAGAUCUUCUUCCUCCACGAAAGAGCCUACCGUCUGGGUAUCUACACGCUACUUUUGCUUGGCGGGAAGAAUCUGAUCCCCUUGGUCAGUGCCGCUAUUGUGCAAUCGCUGGGAUGGCGGUGGGUGUUCUGGAUCACGGCCAUUAUCGUCGGUUUCUGCUUCUUCCUCAUUUUCUUCUUCGUGCCCGAAACCUUUUGGGACCGAGCACCAAGGCCAGCUAAGCGACACAAUCGCGCUCGUAGCAAGAGUCCAGGGCAACACAAUGGACACUUCCAUCUACCACACCUGCAUCACAAGAAGGCUGUCGAUGCAUCACGAGCACAGAACGCAUCCUCAGUUCCAGCAACACCUUUGCCUACAUCGCCUCUGGCAUCGCCUAAUGAGCUCCCCACCAAACGCCACAAGACUGCACACGUUGGAUUUGCCGAGCCAGAGCCCAUUGACAAGAUUGACCAUGCAGAUGUUACUGGUGAGACAAGACGACAGGCAAGUGCUCCGCCGACUCCGCGUUCUCCGAUGAGCAUACAUUCCACACCUGGCGAGAACCCGCGUCAGGACUAUUUUGGACAGCUCCCAGAAACCACUGUAGCCGACCCGGAGAAGCAAGAUAGUCGUGCUGGCAGCGAACACAUAUCGACUGAUCCUGCCGAAUCCGACCACGUCUCAGAACAGUUUUCCAUCCACUAUACCGACUACUAUCGUGAUGCCCCACGAAAGUCGUAUCGUCAGUCGCUCAGGCCAUGGAAUGGACGUCUCGUCAAGGACAGGUGGCUUCGUGUUGCCAUCCGUCCGUUUAUCCUCUUUGCCUAUCCUGCCGUCCUUUGGUCAUCGCUCGUCUACGCUCUUGCUGUUGGUUGGUUGAUUGUGCUGUCUGAGUCAGUUGCACACAUCUACCACGAUACGUCGUAUAACUUCACCCCGCUCCAAGUGGGCCUCGUCUAUAUUUCGCCAUUUGUAGGUGGUGUUCUCGGUACCGCAGUAGCAGGUCGAGUUUCCGAUCUUGUAGUACGGUUCAUGGCGCGUAAGAACGAUGGCGUAUACGAGCCAGAAUUCCGUCUCCUCAUGGCGGUACCAAUUACCAUUAGCACUGUCAUCGGACUCAUGGGUUUUGGUUGGAGUGCAGAAGAAAGGAACAAUUGGAUUGUCCCUACCGUCUUCUUUGGCGUCAUCAGCUUCGGAUGCUCGCUGGCUAGUACCACGGCCAUUACUUUCGUCGUUGACAGUUACCGCAUGUAUGCUGGCGAAGCGCUUGUGACGCUUAAUUUUUCGAAGAACGUUUUACACGGCUUCAUCUUCUCCCUCUUCUUCCCACAUUGGCUUGAAUCAAGUGGUAGCAAGGAUACGUUUUUGGCAAUUGGAGGCAUUCAAUUAGGGUGCAUGCUUUUCAGUAUUCCCAUGUACAUAUAUGGUAAGAGGGCACGGAUGUGGACUGUUAGGAAGAACUUGAUGGAGAAAUUUUAG